ACGCAAAUUUAUACGUGUCAUGACUUAGGUUAGGUCAGUGACGGCGAUGCAAUCGAUUUAUUCAGCUUAGUCACGUUAAAUUUCGCUGUCGCGUUGAGCAUAGGACGCCCGUCACAUGUCUUAAAAUUUUUUAAGUAAAACCUAGUAUUGUUUCUUUCAUCGCCGACUGCUUUGAUCGCGAAUCUCGCAUUUCUUCAGUUCAAUUAGCUGUACCUUAUUGUACAUGAACAUUAAUACGUAGUUAAUGUCAAAUAGUGUUUGAUAUUAUACUAGUAUUGAUAACUUUCGUUUUUAAUUAAUAUUGUGAACGUGUGUGUUGUGUCAAUAAUAAUAACGAUGUUAUUCCAAUGCGAUGUUAACGUGCGAGAAGUACGUAGACAGCGAAUGAUCGGAUCAGAAGAGUUUAUCCCGUCAACAGUGUGGAUUAAGAAAGAAAACAACUACUAUCUGUGUUUGAAGAACUCAAUCUACCCGAACGGUAAGACCUACAGUAUUUCCCUUGUGAAAAUGGAUCCCAUAUUUUUCAGUUUACUUAAAUCGGGAAGAAUUGCAUUUGAAUUUAGAAAGCCCAGAGAUCUAUUAUCUUUAGAAUUCAAAAGUAAAAGGAUGGCUUAUUUGCUCUACCGUACAAUGCAGGACAUAACUGAUGGGAAAAACGUUAUCAUCGAUAAAAAUCAAAACCCUGAUGCGUUACAUGCUAAUAAUGCUGUUAUAGAUAAUUUUGAUUUAAAUGCUAAUGAGUUUAAAGGUGUUGAUAGUUUUGACAACCGUAUAUUGAACAUGAAGUGUUUGAGUACACUUGUGUUAGAAGACUGCAAUUCACUAGUACUUCCUGAAGAAAUUGGCCAUUUACCCAUUAAAAGUCUUAACAUAUCGGGUAGCGAAAUGCCUACUUCGCAACAUGCACAGGAUAUCUACUGGAAUUGGACAUCUAAACCUACGAUUAGUGGUACAUUAACAACCUUAAAGAUGGAUACCAUAAGGCUAAUGAAAUUGCCAUUUGAAAUAUUGUAUCUGAAAAAUCUACAGACUUUAUCUUUAAACAAUAAUGCACUGGCAUAUUUACCUCAUUUCAUUGGAGAACUUAAGAAUAUCAAAAACUUAUUUGCAGCUGACAAUAUGUUACCAUACAUUCCUCUUUGCUCAUCUCUCAUACACCUGACAGAAAUGGAUGUAAUACAUAACCGUUUUUAUUGCAAAGAGCCCCGUGAUCACCUUGUAACUUAUAAAGAAAGUAUUAAAGAGCCAACAGAUUUUAAAUCAUUAAAGCAUAUUGCUUUUUUAAGUUGAUGGAUAACUUUCCACAAUUAAAGAGACAAGAUAUAUCUCGUCCGCUAUGGGAAUAUUUUAAUUAUGUUGGUCGUUGUUCUAAGUGUAAGCAAUGGACAUUACCAGAUUAUGGUGAAACUACUAGUAUUAGUUUCAUGCCUACAAUUCCAAAAUUAAAUAUGUCGAAGUAUUUAGAUGGUUUAACAUAUCAAAUAAUGUAUUGCACUAAUACAAAAGAUUGUGAGGCUCAUAAAAGGCGCUUUUCAUAAACCAUGUUAAUUAAUAUGAAACUAUUAACAAGUACAAAAUAUCUUAAGUAUAUUCAUAUUAAUUUUUAAAGUUUUAAAAUGGUACAUUAAGUUUAAAUUUAAGUAUUUGUUUAUAAUUAGAGAAAUAAUAUUAAGUAAUAAUAUUUUUAAUUACAAAUCUGCUAUUUUGUAGUAUGGUAUAUA